AUGGGUGAUGAGAGUGAUUCGAGUGAAGAUUGCUUUGUGGUAUCCACGCAACAUAAUUUCAACCCUAAACCACAUAUUGUUACAGUUGUUAAAUCUGAUACUGGUUUCGGUUUCAAUGUCAAGGGACAAGUGAGUGAAGGGGGUCAGUUACGAAGUAUCAAUGGUGAAUUGUAUGCUCCUCUACAACACGUAAGCGCAGUACUUCGUGGAGGUGCAGCUGCGAAAGCUGGAUUAUUGAAGGGAGAUCGUAUUUUGCAAGUAAAUGGUGUUGACGUAGAAGGAGCAACACACAAACAAGUUGUGGAACUCAUAAAAGAUGGUGGUGACAAGUUAUCACUAGUUGUAAUUUCUGUGGAUGCUGUUGAUGCGGAGCGUUUUGAAAAUGGUCUCACUGAAGAAAGUUGUGCUUCGUGCAGAUAUGAUUAUUCCGAGAAGCGAUCAUUGCCUAUAACUAUUCCAAGUCAUCAGACAGUAACGGCAAAUGGCGAACGCUUUAUUGCUUACAAUGUGCAUAUGGCUGGUCGACAUCUUGGAUCACGACGUUACAAUGAAUUCGUUCAAUUGCAUAAUUUACUCAAGCAUGAAUUUAUUGAUUUUGAUUUUCCAAAAUUGCCUAGUAAAUGGCCGUUUUCAUUAUCCGAACAACAGUUGGAUACUCGCCGGCGAGGACUGGAAUCGUACUUGGAAAAAAUUUGCGCUGUUAGAGUUAUAGCCGAUUCGGAUAUUAUGCAAGAAUUUUUGAUGGAAGACUCGUUGUCAGAGUGUGCAAUUGCAGAUGUGCAUAUUCGUAUAUUACUGCCAGAUGGGAAUUCUCUUUUGUUAAAUAUUAAGCGUCAUUGUACAGCAGUAGAAUUAUAUAUGGCGACCCAGAGGCGUUUAAAUAUGUCUCGAGAAGCAAGUAGAUAUUGCGCAUUAUUUGAAAUGACUGAAUGCGGAUUCGAACGGAAGUUAGCAGAUGAUGAGUAUCCACAUGCUCUUUAUAUACAAAAUUAUUCAUCUGCAGCAUCAUCUUGCAUUCUGCUUCGAAAAUGGAUUUUUGAUAUCGAUAGGGAAAUUGAACUUUGUGGACG